GUUGCUCUGGGAGGGCAGGAGUCUGCAGAGGAAACAGAAAGUUCAGAGGGGUGCAGAAGAAGAAGGAACAGAAUUAGAAAAGCAGAGGACCUCCCUCCUCCUCAUUCUGCAGCUCCUGCAAGAGCCAGCAACCCAGAAGUAUUAUCUGAGCUGCCACAGUAGAUCUUGACCUUUUUAACAGAGUAUCUCUUACCAUCAUCAUCAUGGCCGAGAUUACAGCAGAAGGACGUGUGUCUACAACCACGACAAUAAUAAAUGGUAAGAACGGAUCCGUUCCCUCCUCAUCCAUGAAAGUGGGCAAGAAAUCGGUUACAGAAGACCUCGUGACAACGUUCAGCUCACCAGCAGCAUGGCUUCUUGUUGUUGCUCUGAUUGUUACCUGGUCAGCAGUAGCUAUUGUAAUGUUUGACUUGGUGGAUUACAAAGCCUUUGCAGCCUCCUAUUCCCAACAUUGCGAUGAUCCCUGUUUACCACCCGGAAGAUCUGUUAACAAGCUCAGCACAGAACCACUGAGAAUCAUUCAUGAGACAUUGGAAGAAUCCACUGAUUGGCUUUAUGGCUUUAUUUCUUUACUGUCUGACAUCGUAUGGAGUGACGAUGAUGACAGUGAUGAAGGUGAAGUGGAACCUUCUCUGAAAAAAGAAAUUCAUAAACAGAAACCGGAGAGACAUGAAAAACGAACACCACCAAAGGUAAUUCACAGAGACAAACCUGAAAAACAAGAAAAAAUUGAGAGGAAGGAACCCCUAAAGGUGACACAUAAAGACAAACUGGAAAGACAAGAAAAACCUGAAAAAAAGGAAAGGCAUGCAGCUACUCACAAAGAGAAACCUGAAAAGCCAGAAAAGCAUGAAAAGAAAGCACCUUCUAAAGUAAUUCAAAAAGACAAACCUGAAAGACAUGAAAAAGCUGAAAAGAAACCUCCUCCCAAAGAGGAGAAGAAAGUAAAGAGCACUAAAGUGGAAGUAAAAGUUAAAAAGGAAGUGAAGGAUGGAAAAGGAGAAGCAAAGACGGCUGAGAAGGUCAAGCAAGCAGACACUAAAACAACAGAAGUUGGGCUAAUAAAAGCCAAACCAAAAGUUAAGGAGGAGAAAGCUCUUCAGACUGUAACUAAAUCGGAAAAGAAAGAUCAAUAUGCAUUCUGUCGCUAUGUGAUUGACAUGUUUGCGCAAGGGGAUUUUUAUCCAGGACAUAAGGAAAUGGUACCACCUCGUCUUCUUCUUGAACAUAGUCCAAGAAAGAAACCAGCAGCUAUUGAAGAGAGAAAAGAGGAAAAGAAAAAGACUGAUAUAAAAAAGGCUACGACUGAAACCAAGAAGAAAGAAAAAGAAGGAAAAAAAGAGAAAGCUCAUGAGAAGACAGCUGUCCCUGAAAUUAAAAAAGCAGGCGGAGGCCACCGCGUUAAAAAUAAACUCCUCGCUCUGGUGUCCAAAUCCUCGCUGGAUGCCCCCGAUUUUGAGUCGCGUUUUGCUCCCCCCACCCUUCGCGACCCCUGCAGCUCCCUCCUCGCCGUUCCCCACACACGACCCCGGGCCGGCAGGGACCCCGCUCCCACCUGUGCUCCUCAUCCUCGCCUACCUCCUCCCAGAAGAUUCCCCCCUGCCAGGAGGCCCGUCAGCCGGGCUUUCCCCGCGGUGGUGCAUACAGGCGGUCAGGUGCAAGAGAGAGCGAGCGGAGGAGAUGCUCCAUAA